AUGAAAGAGUAUUGGACCUCAUUAGCUUCACUUCUCGGCGUUUUAGCCUUUUGCCAAAGCUUAAUGCAAUCAAUAUUCCCGCCGGAGCUCCGUUUCGCCUUCCUCAAAUUCUUCAACCGAGCUUUCCACCUCUUCUCUUCCUACUGCUACUUCGACAUCACAGAGAUCGACGGCGUCAACACCAACGAGCUCUACAACGCCGUCCAGCUCUACCUAAGCUCCUCCGUCUCCAUCGCCGGAAACCGUCUAAGCCUAACCCGCGCCGUCAACUCCUCCUCCAUCACCUUCGGUCUCUCCAACAACGACUCCAUCGUCGACACCUUCAACGGCGUCACCGUCCUCUGGGAACACGUCGUCACUCAACGCCAGACUCAGACUUUCGCCUGGAGACCGUUACCCGAAGAGAAACGAGGAUUCACUCUCCGAAUCAAGAAGAAAGACAAAACCUUGAUCCUCAACUCCUACCUCGACUACAUCAUGGAGAGAGCCAACGAGAUCCGCCGGAAAAACCAGGACCGGCUGCUCUACACGAACUCGCGAGGCGGGUCUCUGGACUCGAGAGGCCAUCCGUGGGAAUCUGUUCCCUUUAAGCACCCGAGCACGUUCGAGACUCUCGCCAUGGAUCCGGUUAAGAAGCAGCAGAUCAUGGACGACCUCAAGGACUUCGCGGAAGGUCAAGUCUUUUACCAGAAAACGGGUCGGGCUUGGAAAAGAGGAUACUUGCUUUACGGGCCUCCGGGUACCGGCAAGUCGAGCAUGAUCGCGGCGAUGGCGAAUUAUCUCGGUUACGACAUUUACGACCUCGAGCUCACCGAGGUUCAUAGCAACUCCGAGCUGAGGAAGUUGCUGAUGAAGACGAGCUCCAAGUCGAUAAUCGUGAUCGAGGAUAUCGAUUGUUCGAUCAAUUUGACGAAUCGGAAGAAGAACGGUAGUGGUAAUGCGGUUUCGCAGCGGAGCUGUUAUGACCCGGAAACACGAACCGGGUCGGGUUCUGGGGAAGAAGGUGGUAAUGGGAACACGAUUACUCUGUCGGGUUUGUUGAAUUUUACAGAUGGGCUUUGGUCUUGUUGUGGGAGCGAGAGGAUCUUUGUCUUUACGACGAAUCAUAUAGAGAAGCUUGAUCCUGCAUUGCUCAGGAGUGGGAGGAUGGAUAUGCAUAUAUACAUGAGUUACUGUAAUUUUCCUUCGUUGAAGAUUCUGUUGAAGAAUUAUUUGGGGUUUGGGGAGGAGGAUAUAGACGACGACGUUUUGAAGGAGAUGGAGAGAGUGGUGGAGAAGGCGGAGAUGACGCCUGCUGACGUGAGCGAGGCUUUGAUUAAGAAUCGGAGGGAUAAGGAGAAGGCGAUUAGGGAGAUUUUGGAGGAUUUGAAGAGUAGAGGGGAGAGAAGUGUGAAAGAUGGGAAGUUGAGGGGUCAAAGUGGAAUUUUGACGGAGUUGGAGAUUGUGGAGGAAGAAGAGAAGAGGGCUAUAGAUAGUCAGAAUGAAGACGAGGGUAAUAAUGUUGAUGAAGAAGAAAUUGAGCUUGAGGACAAUAUUUGUAAAGACUAG